AUGACGACGGUCGACCUGUUGCAAGAGUUUGAACAGAAUUAUUCUGUAAAUACCGCUGAUAUCACGGCAAAGAUCGGUCAGUUGCAGCAACUUCUGCCAUCAGAACGGACGGCGGCGAUCAAUGAGAUUCGGAAGCUUUUAUCCGAGGUUGAAGACCUCUUGGAGCAGAUGGAAUUAAGUGUGAGGGAGCUGGAGGUUGGAAGGUAAGCGGAUUUAAUUUUUUUCUGCUUUUUAGGUAAUAUUCAAGGUAAAAGAAGGAAAGAAAUUUCUUAUUACAGCUCCGACCGAAACCGUUAUGAGAACAGCGUCCGCAGCUUCAGAACAGACCGAAAAAAUCUUGAGAAUGAGUUCAAGAAGGCGGUUCAACGUCUUCAACGAGCGUCGGACAGAGACGAUCUCUUCGACGACGGAGUAGAUCAAGAAGAACAGUUGAUCGCCAAUACCGAACGCUUGGAAAGGACCUCAAGAAAGAUUCAGGAUGCAUACAGAGUCACUGUCGAGACUGAGGAGGUAUGGGGUUCUUAUUUGUUAUUAUUUUCUUGCGUAUAUUACACUGAAAGUUUAUUGUUUAGGUCGGAAAUUCGGUGUUGGAGAAUCUAACACAACAGCGAGAAACUCUUCACAGAGCAAGGGAUCGGCUCAGAGAAGGAGAUGCUGAACUUUCAUCCUCAAACAGACUUCUUUCUGUCAUGAUACAAAGGUAAGAAUCAUGUUAUGUUAUACUUACUUUUUUGCUUUUAAUUUCAGAGUAAUCCAGAACCGAUUAAUCCUCCUAGUCGUAGCCGUUGUGAUGAUGUUCUUCCUCUUGGUAUUCAUGUACAGAGCUUUGUAAUGCACGAGAAUCUUUAUUUUGACUCGUCUUUAAAAACUAUGUAUUUUUAUUUUUACUCUGGUUUUCUAUGUCGCUUUUUGUUCGAAAUAUCAAUCUAAUUGUAACAUAAUGCCUAGUCUACUUUAAUUAUUACAAAUUAGCUCCACCCACAUAAUCGUAUGAAUAAAAAUAAUGCAAACAGACCACGUUUCUUUGCCCAAAUGUAUAAACAAUUUGAUCUAUAACUCUGAUUAGCCCUUUUGCCCUUUUCUCAAAGUUUUGAUAGACGAAUUCGAUAACAUCUUUUCAAUUUUAGUCCGAUCGGGGAACUUUGGUUGGUUCGGACAUGGGGCAAUUAUGGUCGAGUAAGUCUGGGGACAAGAAUUGGGAAAGCGAAGAAAAAAUGGGAGACUUCUGAAAUCUUUAUUCGUUUUAUUUUGUUGUUAGUAGGCUGGUCUAUUUCAGCCGCCGAACCUACGGCCGAAGUUGAAGUAAUGGGUGUGGUUGAACCGAAGACGGAUUUCAACUUCCCGAAGGUCCAGCUUCAUUAUCAUCUGGAUGGCGGAAUUCGAUUUACCACGAUCUUAGAGCUGGCCGCGAAAAAGGGGAUCGACUUGCAAGGGGCGAAAACGGUGGCCGAAUUAAAGCACUUGUUGGUCACAAGGAAGCCAGCCACUUUGAGCGAUGUCCUCAAGGCAUUUGCUAUCUUCUUACCCACUGUAUCGUAAGCUGUCUAAUGAUAGAUUUUAUUUUUUUAUUUUGUGAACUUUCCAAGUUUAUUCUGUGAACUAAACCGAACUUUUUUAGAGGAGAUCUUGAGGCUAUUGAACGAGUUGCCUAUGAAGCCUGCGAGGAUCAAGCGAAAGACGGAGUGAUUUACUUUGAAGGCAGAUAUAGUCCCCAUUUCUUUGCUGGACUCUCGAUCCUCCAGACACCAUCGAAUAUCACACCUGCUGAGGUCAUCAAAGCUGUGCAUAGAGGAUUUCAACGAGGCGAGAAGCAGUUCGGAAUCAAAGCCAGGUCCAUUUUGUGUUGCAUCCGAAGUCAUGACAAUUGGAAUAAGGAGAUCAUCAAAUUAUGUAAGUCAAUUUUUGCCUUCAGGGUAAAUUAAAGUUUGUCCAAGACAAUUUUUUUAUUUUUUUUUUAUUUUCAGGCGAAACAAUGAAAGAUUAUGGCGUUGUAGCUAUAGAUGUUGCAGGAUGUGCUGGUGGAGCCGACGAGAAAUAUGAAAAGUCCGUUGUCGAGGCCUUCAACGAAGCCUUCAGCGUCGGAAUUCACCGCACCGUGCAUGCCGGUGAAUCGAGCGGCGCUGAUACGGUUAUUCGAGCCGUAAAUGUGAUGCAUGCUGAGCGAGUUGGCCACGGAUACCAUCUUCUAGACGAUCCGGCCGCUUAUCAGAAGCUCGCCCUGGAUGAUCGACUACAUUUGGAAGCGUGCCCGCUCAGCUCAGUCAUGACCGGAUCCGUCCCCUUGGAUUGGCCAAAACAUCCGAUUAUCAAAUGGGCGCUGGAUGGAGCUAACUUCUCCUUGAGCACUGAUGACCCCACUUGCUUCGACAACUGUUAUCAAAGCGAAAUACAACUGGUUCAUGGAAGAGUGGGACUGACUUUACAUCAGAUAUGGAAAUGUGUAAGUAUUUACAGUAUAUUUUUUGUGUGAUAUCAUUAUGAAAAUGACGUUGCUCCAUUUUCAGCAACUCAACGCCGCCGAAUCUGCCUUCGUGGAAGAACCAACCAAGUCCGAAAUAAUCAAAAUCGUCGAAGAAAGUGAGCCGAAGCCAUGA